CCACGUCCGUUUCCCUUCAACUGGCCCUGCUGGUACAGAAGCCGAUCAAUCCGGUUAAUUUCGACAUUUCAAAACCAACAUCGGUUCUGAGGAGAUAAGAGGCGCAGUGUCAGGUUUUAACGCUGCUGUAUCUGAAAUUUACAGGUGCGACGGUUUUCGAACCGAAGUAACCAAACCUGCAGAAUCACUGCCGAUCCUACUGAACAUAUCUACAGAGCAAGGCUACAGAACAAAACUGCAGAAGUAAAUGACCAAACAUUCAGAAAGAAGACCGAAGACCACACUAUUUACAGUACCACCAGGCGAAUCGUUGGCCAGUUCUUUUCCCGGAUCUGUGGUUUCUAGUAAACUGCGCUCCAGCAAUUACCUGCAGACUCCGUGCAAGCUGCAACCCCGACAGGUUUGAACAUCCAGUAAAGGACGAUAUAUUCAAGAAAACACAAUGGUCUGGCAAUAUUGCUUCCCACUGUUACUUCUGCAAGCAGGCGUGCAGUCGGGAGAAUGGGCAAUGCGGGCUCUGCCCCGUCGGGCCAUCAGGAAGUCUUGCGUGGUGAUACCCUGUACGUUCGACUUCCCUUCGCGUCCUUACACCGCCGUCCACGGAGCGUGGUUCAAGUACUGGAACCACUGGAAGUACACCGUGUAUUACACCAGAGAUCACAACUACGGGAUGGCCGGGUUCAAGGGGAGGGCUGAAAUGGUUGGUAACCUGGGAGAGAAAGACUGCUCGCUGAGGAUCAAUCACCUCAGAUCAGAAGACUCUGAUGUGUACUACUUCUACGUGGAACUGGACGGCUUUGAAACUUACACCUACAUACCCCCCGUCCAACUGCACGUUCUGGAUGUACCUGACAAACCCGAGAUUUCAAUCCCGGAAACUCUCAGCGAAGGGACCCCGGUGAGCAUUCUCUGCAAAGCCCUCUACCCCUGUCCCGAUCAACGCCCAUCUCUCACCUGGAGUGAGCUGUCAGAUUCCACCCUCAUUGCGCUUGGGGAGAAAACUAGCGGAGACAUUUCCACUGUCUUGAAUUUUACUCCUUCCGUCGCUCCUCACGGGCAAACUGUUCGCUGUACGGUUGACUACUUUGAUACGAGUCACAGAUUGGCAAACUCCAUUACCCUGAACAAUACAUAUUCCCCCCCGAACACGAUGGUCGAGUGGAACUUCAAAGAAGCCAACAGGAUUUCCCUACGUUGUUCCAGUGACGCCAACCCCAGUGUCACUAGUUUCUCCUGGUUCAAGGUCACCCAUGGCGUUGAGACUGAUCUAAGGCGGGAAAGUCAAAUUAUCACCGUUCACCUUGAGUCGUUAAAGGCAAAUACAUCCUACAGCUGCACGGCGACAAACGCUCUUGGGAGCUCACGUUCCGCGCCCGUGCACGUCCACAGACACCGUGAGUAUUUGUUGUGA